AUGGAGACAGACGUCACACAGAAGCUGAAAGAAGUAGACACAUCAGAAAUGACAGCAGAAGAAACAUGGUCAGUGUUCAAGAUCGUGCUGACAGAGACACUUGGUAAAGCCUGCAGUACAAGUACAAAGAACACCGGAAGAGGGCAGGUAAAACAGACAGCUUGGUGGAAUGACACAGUAAAGGAGGCCAUCAAAGAAAAGAAGGAGUUGUACAAGGCGUGGGUAAAAUCAAAGCUAGAUGAGGACUAUGUAAAAUACAGACUGGCAAGACGAAAUAGCAAGAGGAUAGUCAGAAGUUCCAAGGAACAGUCAUGGAAGGAAUGUGGCGAAAUAGAACUGAGCAGACACACGCCACGACAGACCUACAACAGUGUCAAAGCAAUGAGAAUACGAGACAAACCAUACAGCCUACCAACGGUAGUCAAAGACAAAGAUGCAAAACCACUCAGUGAAGAAGACAGCAUCAAAAACAGAUGGCAGGAGUAUUUCAGGGAACUCUUUAACCCAAGCAGUCAAGGGAACACACAGAGCCAAUUUCAACCACGAUACCCAGAAGAAGAACCAAAUAUUUUAAGAUCAGAGUUACAACAGGCAAUGAAGAAUAGCCCAAGGAACAAAGCAGCAGGCAUUGAUGGCAUUACAACUGAAGCCAUCCUUGCAUGUGGAGAAACAGCAAUCACCUGGCUGACCACAAUAUUCCAAAAGGUAUGGAGGGAGAGGAAAAUCCCAGAAGACUGGCAGCGUGCAGUUGUGAUACAGUAA